UCCUUGUGUGGGAUCCGUAGCUCGAGCUCUCGGCGUAGUGUUUGUUGGACAAGGUGAAAGCUCGAGUGAAACAGUCAAGCAGAGGAUCCUUGAGACAUAUGACUGUAUCAUAAAAAACUGUCCGACAUGUCGGAAAUGCUAUCCGCCUGUGGUUAUUUUUCCAGAGGGAACGACGACAAAUGGCCUCGGUAUGCUGACCUUCCGCACAGGAGCGUUUGUAUCAUCGGUUCCUGUCUCUCCCGUUUGCCUUCGAUUCGCUUCAUCGCAACAUUUCAAUGCAUCCUGGGAAACCAUUCUCUUCUCCCACCAUCUCUUACGUACCAUGACUCAAGUUCACAACAACAUGCAGCUCAUUUUGAUGCCUCCAAUCAAGGUGGCUAAAGAUCCGAGUCGAGAAGAAGCAAGGCAGGCUCGAUACUUUGCCGACAUGGUUCAGCUGACCAUGAGUGACUGCAUGCUGAGUCACUGGGGGCUAUCGACACCAACUAGCGGGGGCAAGCAAGAAGAAGCUCUGAGAUUGAGCAUGAACGAGGCGUCUCGCACAGCUGCCGAACGCGUUCCUGCGACAGUGAGAGGCGGAGAUCCGACAUUUCCUGUGUGGAAAUUGAACAGGAAGCACAAGAUGCUGUUUCAUCAAUGGGUGCUAGGGAAGAAGACGGACGAGGAAUUGAUUUCCGAGUAUCGAAGUCUCCUUGCAAGCGACAACUCGCUUAUGUCAAGCUUGAUUGGAUCUUUUGACCUCUCUCCCUGAUACCUUUCUUGCCCUUUGUCGACCAUGUAAACUAUCAACCGCUGCG